AUGAAGCACCCCCAAGAUGCUGUGCAGGAGCAAUCUCUUCAGGACCCUGAAUCCUUUUGGUCCCAUCAUGCCCAGUCUAUCCACUGGCACAAACGGCCCUCCAGCGCACUGGGGCACACUACCAAGCAAAUCACUCUCAGAGGAGGUAAAGGCACCGCCAUUCAUGACCAUUGGAGCUGGUUCCCUGAUGGUAUGAUUUCGACAACAUACAACUGCGUUGAUCGACAUGUUGAAAAUGGCAAUGGGGACAAUGUGGCCAUUGUCUGGGAGUCGGCUGUGACAGGCGAGAGCGCCAAGUAUACAUAUCGCCAACUACAAGAUGAAGUCGAAGUUCUAGCAGGUGUGUUGAGAGAGGAGGGAGUUCGGAAGGGCGAUGUUGUCAUAAUAUACAUGCCAAUGAUCCCCGCAGCUCUGAUUGCAGCUCUCGCUAUCGUUCGACUUGGAGCUAUCCAUGCCGCUGUCUUUGGUGGCUUCGCAUCGGCAUCUCUCGCCCAGAGAAUCGAAGCUGCAAAACCACGGGUCAUAAUGACUGCAUCCUGUGGCAUUGAAGGUUCCAAAGGGCCCAUCCCCUAUAGGCCACUCGUCGAAGGUGCCAUUGAGCAGUCCAAAUUCAAACCGGAGAAGGUGAUUAUAUGGCAGCGCGAUCAACUACGUUGGAAUCAUCCGGAUAAGGUCGGUGGGCAGCGAAAUUGGCAACGCAUUGUGAGAAGUGGGCAGUUGAGGAACAUUCGGGCUGCUCCAGUACCGAUCAGGAGCGAUGAGGCGUUGUAUAUUAUCUAUACCAGCGGAACAACCGGACUACCCAAAGGUGUCGUACGCGAGGCGGGUGGACACGCCGUCGGCUUGAGCUUAUCAAUUAAGUAUCUAUUUGAUAUCAAAGGACCAGGAGACGUCAUGUUCUGUGCCUCUGAUAUUGGCUGGGUUGUGGGACACUCCUACAUCCUGUAUGCACCUCUACUCGUUGGAGCAACGACAGUCCUCUUCGAAGGAAAGCCUGUAGGUACGCCGGAUGCAGGCACAUUCUGGCGAUUAAUCGAACGAAACAAAGUCAAUGCACUCUUCACAGCGCCUACUGCCCUCCGUGCCAUUCGCAAGGAUGAUCCAGACAAUAAGUAUUUCAAGGGAGUCGGGGAUCGCGGAGGACUCAAGACCUUGAGGGCAUUGUUCCUGGCAGGUGAACGUAGUGAACCUAGCAUUGUGCAGAACUUCCAGGAUCUUCUCACAAAGCAUGCAGCACCUGGUGCAGUGGUGAUUGAUAAUUGGUGGUCGUCAGAAUCAGGAUCACCAAUCACAGGGUUAGCACUGAGAAGUGAUCUGGGCUACACAUUAGCACUGGGGAAAGUAGAGGACAAGCCUCAUCUGUCCAUCAAGCCAGGCUCCGCUGGAAAGCCCAUGCCGGGCUUCGAUGUUCGCAUUGUCGAUGACAAUGGACAGGAAGUCAAGCGAGGCACAAUGGGCAAUAUUGUUCUAGCCAUUCCGUUGGCCCCGACAGCUUUUAGAACUUUGUUCAAUGAUGAUGAGAGAUUCUACAAGAGUUAUCUACUACGAUUCAAUGGACGAUGGAUUGACACAGGUGACGCUGGCAUGAUUGACCAGGACGGAUACGUACAUGUCAUGUCCCGAUCUGAUGAUAUCAUCAACGUCGCAGCACAUAGAUUCAGCACAGGUGCAAUUGAACAGGCCAUCCUAUCCCAUCCCCUCAUUGGCGAAGCAAGCGUAGUUGGCAUCCCAGACCCGAUCAAGGGCCACCUUCCAUUCGCAUUUGUGCAACCUCGCCAGGCAUCCAACGCAAAGGGCAAUGAUAACGGCAAUAUACCCGCAACCGCUCCAAGAGAACUCUUCAACGAAGUCAACACUCUUGUGCGCGACCAAAUUGGCGCCAUCGCCUCAUUGGGCGGAAUGAUUCAAGGCGUAGGCAUGAUCCCGAAGACACGGAGUGGAAAGACAUUGCGUAGAGUAUUGAGGGAAUUGGUUGAGAAUGCAGUCAUCAAUAAUGACUUUGAGAAAAGGCUCCAUGUGCCGCCGACAAUUGAGGAUCCGGAUGUUAUUGAGGUUGCCAGGGGAAGGGUGAGGGAGUAUUUUGAGGAGAGGUCGAGAGUGAAGAGUCUAGAAGGGAAGGCGAAGCUGUGA